GGCUGUUUGGUUGGACGGUGUAGCACCGCAGUUCGGUUGCUCCAGCAUUGCUGUGUGUUUCUCUGCACUUGCUGAUCCACACUUCAUCAUCCUGCCCUGCCUGUGGAAGUGUCGCUCCCCCCCAUCGCCUGUCGUCAUGGCACCCAAGGACAUCAUGACCAAUUCUCAUGCCAAGUCCAUCUUAAAUGCCAUGAACGCCUUGAGGAAGAGCAACACGCUAUGCGACAUCACGUUGAGGGUUGAGAACACUGAUUUUCCUGCCCACCGCAUUGUGCUGGCUGCCUGCAGUGAUUAUUUCUGUGCCAUGUUCACCAGUGAGCUGGCAGAGAAAGGCAAGUCGUUUGUGGACAUUCAGGGCCUGACGGCCUCAACCAUGGAGAUCCUGCUGGACUUUGUUUACACAGAAACUGUGCUGGUUACCGUUGAGAAUGUACAGGAGCUGCUUCCUGCCGCCUGUCUGCUCCAGCUUAAAGGUGUGAAAAGGGCUUGCUGUGAUUUCCUCAACAGUCAGCUUGACCCAUCCAACUGUCUGGGUAUCCAGAACUUUGCAGAGACACAUAAUUGCGUGGACCUGAUGCAGGCGGCCGAGCUUUUUUCACAGAAGCACUUUUCCGAGGUGGUACAGCAUGAGGAGUUCAUGCUUCUCAACCAAACCGAGGUGGAAAAGCUCAUCAAAUGUGAUGAGAUUCAGGUUGACUCUGAGGAACCAGUGUUCGAGGCAGUGUUAAACUGGGUAAAGCACAACAGAAAGGAGCGAGAGCCGUACCUUUCUGACAAGCUGGAAUAUGUGCGCAUGCCUCUGCUCACACCACGCUACAUCACUGACGUCAUCGAUUCUGAGCCUUUAAUCCGUUGCAGUCUGGCCUGCAGAGACCUUGUUGAUGAAGCUAAGAAGUUUCACCUGAGGCCCGAGUUACGCAGUGAAAUGCAGGGACCUCGUACUCAACCCAGACUAGGUGCCAAAGAGGUGCUGUUGGUGAUUGGCGGCUUUGGCAGUCAGCAGUCUCCCAUUGACGUUGUCGAGAAAUAUGAUCCUAAAACCCAGGAGUGGAGUUUCCUUCCGAACAUUGCACGAAAGCGACGCUACGUUGCCACUGUCGCCCUGAAUGACCGUGUGUAUGUAAUUGGUGGCUACGAUGGCCGUUCACGCCUCAGUUCUGUCGAGUGUUUGGACUACACGGCAGAUGAAGAUGGAGUUUGGUACACUGUCGCCACUAUGAACGUACGGCGAGGCCUGGCAGGAGCAACUACGCUUGGAGAUAUGAUUUAUGUGGCUGGUGGGUUUGAUGGCAGUCGACGGCACACCAGCAUGGAGAGAUACGACCCCAACAUUGAUCAGUGGAGCAUGCUGGGAGAUAUGCAGACCGCCAGAGAAGGCGCAGGACUUGUAGUGGCCAGUGGACUUAUCUACUGUUUAGGUGGCUAUGAUGGCUUAAACAUCUUGAAUUCAGUGGAGCGCUAUGAUCCGCACACCGGUCACUGGACCAGUGUCACUCCCAUGGUCAACAAACGCUCAGGUGCUGGGGUGGCUCUUCUAAAUGACCAUAUUUACGUUGUUGGAGGGUUUGAUGGUACGGCCCAUCUUUCCUCUGUAGAGGUGUACAAUAUUCGCACAGAUUACUGGACUACUGUGGCACCCAUGACCACUCCACGCUGCUAUGUGGGAGCCACAGUUUUGAGGGGACGACUGUAUGCUAUUGCAGGAUAUGAUGGGAACUCCCUGCUGAACAGUAUCGAAUGUUACGACCCUGUACUGGACAGCUGGGAGGUAGUGACCUCCAUGGCUACACAGCGAUGUGAUGCAGGGGUUUGUGUGCUGCGGGAGAAAUGAGAACAUGACUGCCAGACACUCUGAAUGGCAAGGACAUGGAAAUGAUGGGGUGGUCACUGGCAGCUAACACGAGACUGUUCUUUUAUUCACCAUUUGUUUUAGCAUGCAGGAGGAAGUAACUUGGAAACAUAAAUCAUCUGAGCUCUCUUCAGUUUUCUGCUCAAUUGUUAUGUUCAGUUCGAAUUGUUGACAUUUGGAAAAUGUAAACAUGUUGCAGAGACAUUGAGGCCUGCCUGAACGUCUUCACUUUUCUUCUACAUUAUGCUGUAGUUCAGACAUGUCCACUGUUGUGACUCCACGAAAGGUGCAAUAUUUUAAACUACUGACGUAAAAGACUAAAUAUGCAGACACUGUAAUGUGUUGUUAUACUGUUGCUGCUUCAUCUGAUUGCCGGUGUGGGCAAACAUUUCACCAAAUCAAAUUUAUUGUAAAUGGAGUGUAACCAUUAAAGGAAAGGAUGAUUUAAGGGUUCUAUAGUAGGACACUGAGGUUUCUGACUAAAAAGAAACACUUAACUUGGUUUCUUACUGAUCCUUCCAGCUUUUUCUUAAAGAUUGUACUAUGAGAAGUAUGUACCUUCCUUAUUAUCUGAGACUUACAGAUUCAGUAAGGAUGGACAAAAUCAUUAUUAUUGUUGCAAAAAAAAUAAGAAAAUAUUCACUCCAAGAAGUGGAAUAUGAUGUCAUGAAAUGAAGAUUCAAGCCUUUUCCAAAGUGGUUGUGAACAUCUUUGUUGCUAGCUAUGAUGCCAACAAUGAGAAAUAAAGCAUGUACAAUACAAAAAGGUUACUUGAUGUACCUUUAAAUGAGUUCAAUUGCCAUACAAUGAACAUCACAGUAUGUACUUUGAUUUCUUAGUCAGUUUUGGGUAUUUUUAAAUUAUUUGAAGUGCAUUUAUAAGUGAAUCACAAUUAUUGAUUUACCUGUGUUCCAAAUACUGGUAAAAAUGAAGAUCUUGAAUAAUUAUGUUUAAAUAAAAGUGUUUAAAUAAUUGUCAAUAUGUGUUUAUUGUUAAGAUUUAUGAUCCUUGAUGUGUAAUGUUUGCAUUUUGUACAAAGUAAUAUCAGUUUUGUGUUGAACAGAACCACUAUAAUACAUGAAAUAAAAUGUCUGGACAUAAGUUUGGUUCUCAUUAAUUAUCAACUAUUUUUCUGCCUUCUUAAAAAAUUUUUGUAGCAUGGAUGAGUUAUUAUUUAAUUUACAGUCAAUUUGCAGACCUUCUUAUAACUGCAUGGCUCAGUGCCUUUCAAUGUGGGGCAUUUUUACUAUGCUACCUAUUAAAGUAAUUUUACCAACUGUCUGUCCUGUCUGUUGGAUGAAAAUUUCAUUAAUUGCAAUAAUGGCUGAACCAUGGACAGUAAAAGUCAUUUUAAAUCACUUUAUUCUCUAUUAUUUUUGUCUUGUAAAACUAUUUAAAAUGUAUUUAAAAAAUUUUGACAUUUUCAGUCAGUACACGAAUCAAA